UAAUGGCGUUUCUAGCAUUGUAUCACGCAUUACUCCCGACACAAGGUGCAAUUCAUUGGAUAAGAAAGAUUUUCUCCAUUAACUAUCUGAUGCUUGCUUUUCUUCAUGGGGUGCUGGUGGAUGUCAAUAUGUAUAAGUUUUCUGCCAGCCUCAGAUUCGCCCCCAAUUUCUUGUCCAACUGUUUGUUGUUCCCAGCCAGCUUAAUCAUCUCCUCACCUUACAGUUUCUGCACAUGUCACUAUGUCGGACGUAUCAAAAUCAGCGGUAGAGGAUCAUAGUGAACCUGAACCGGCGCCUGCGCCAGUGGAGGUCAAGUGGUACCGAUCCGUCUUCUACAAUGCCACCAUCCUCGGUCUCUGCAGCUUUGCAGCCCCUGGAUUAUGGGGUGCCAUGAACUCGCUUGGCGCUGGUGGCUCUCAAUCGCCUUACCUGGUCAACACCGGAAACGCAUUAACCUUCUGUCUCAUGGUGGUGUCCUGCUGGUUAACCAGUAGUAUCAUCAAGUAUAUCGGUAUUAAAGGCGCGCUCUUCGUCGGAACCAUCGGCUAUGCCCCGUACGGCGCUGGACUUUACCUGAACAACCGGUAUGGAGUCGAAUGGCUCGUGAUUGUCGGCGCCGCCUUCUGCGGGAUAUCCGCCGGCGUGUUCUGGGCGGCCGAGGCAGCUAUCGCCAUCUCUUAUCCCGACCCGCAUAACCGAGGGAGAAUGGUCGCGUAUUGGUUAACCUGGACUCGAAUUGGCCAAAUCCUGGGUGGUGCUAUCAACCUAGGUCUAAACGCAGACCGCAAUAAGGCCGGGAGUGUUUCCUAUACCGUUUAUAUCAUAUUCAUUGCUCUACAGGCGAGUGGAACGUUGGUGGCGCUUUUUCUUAACAAACCAUCUAGAGUUCAGCGACCUAGCGGCAAGCCGGUUGAAUUGACGAUUAUCGAUUCCCCGUGGCAAGAGAUCAAGACUACGACCAGGACAUUCCUCCAAAGAAAGUUCCUCCUCAUCGUUCUGUGGAUUGGCCAGGGCGUGUAUUCGGAGGCAGUCUUCUAUACGUACAAUGCUCUUUGGUUUAGCGUACGCGCAAGAGCGCUUGGGUCCUUCUUGUCCGGAAUAAUAGCAGUCAUCGUCGGGAAUCUCUUGGGCCUGUGGUUAGACCAACAUCAGAUCUCGUUGAGGAAGAGAUCGCGCUGGGCGUUUGCAGUUAUCAUGACGCUGCAGGGAGGCUGGUGGCUGUGGAUCGUGGUGAACGUCACCGAAUACCACCGUACUCAGCCAACCUUCGAUUGGGUCGAUCCUGGAUUUGGGAGAGCAUUUGGCGUCUUCGUCCUUCUCGUUUCCGGCUUUCAACUUAACUACAACUUCACAUACUUCGUUAUUGGUCAGAUCUCAUCGAACCCUCAAGAGACUAUCAGACUCGCUGCGCUUCUGCGAGCAACGGAAUCCGCAUGGCAAGCCGUUAGCUACGGUCUCAAUGCCGUUCCUAUCAUCGCUGCGGUAGGCGGUCCGUAUAUCAACUUUGGUCUAUGGGGAAUCUCAAUCCUCCCCGCUUGGCUGGUUAUCAAAGACUUUGGCGCUGAGGACGAUAAAACUGAUGUCGAGGUUAACGCCGAGAGUAAGAGUGAUGGAUCGCUCCGCAAAGACCAACAUUCUGAUUAAAUCCGGCCUGGUUUCUUGGUGGAAAAAAUUGUUAGAAGUUCACGUUCCAAGGUUUCUAGGAAGAACUGUUAGACACGGCUAUUCGGCUAAUGUUUCUAUAUGUGUGAAUUAAGCUAAUGAUGAAUGCGAUGAAUUCAGGGGGGCGAAUUCAAGAGGGACUCUGUUUUGUGAGUUGGAGGUUUAAGUAGUUUGCGAUAGAAAACUGAUGUGAUAAUAACCUACACUUGCG